CGGCCGCUCGGCAUAGUCGCCACAGCACGGCGUCCAGACGCCGCCCGAUGCGAGCGCGGACCAUCGUCGCGCAAUCGGCUCCGUCGCGCCAACUGUUCCGAAAAGCCAGUUUCAACUUCCCGGUGGUGCGGUUCCCGCGUAUCGUAUGCUGACAGCCGUCAUGUAGACGAUAGUUAAGCGCGUAUAAAUUGUCGUUGUCGUUACUGCAAAGAGCGAAUACAAUUUCGGCAAAGUUGAAUGAAUCCUGGCUUGCAAUAAAUUUAUAAUAAUAAUAAUUUUCAUUCCAACGUUAUAAAUUAGAAGAAGAAAAAUUAGUGUACUGUACCAAGUUAUGCGUCCAAAUUUUUCUUGUAGAGUAAUUAGUUGUAUAGUGAGUGUCAGCUGAGCUGAGUGGACCGUGUGAUGACAGUUUGACGGUGGAAGAUGAAUUUGACUCGGUUGUGUCGGUGGAGCAUGUGAGUGUGGCGGGAGCGAGCGUCCGACCAGCAUGGCGGCCGUCGCCGGCCUCUACGGAUUGGGGGACGAGCAGCGAGCCAGGCACCGCCGCGGCCAGUGCAAUACGGAGCGCUCCGAGUCCAGAGAUGACAACACCGAGGCGUCACUGCCGAAACUGUGCAACCAGGAAGAGGAGCCUGGACGGCCACCCCAGGGCGGGGUGGUGACGUUCGAACCCAUACAACACGACCACGACUUCUGCGAAAGAGUUGUUAUCAACGUAAGCGGCCUGAAGUUUGAGACGCAAUUACGUACACUGAACCAAUUCCCGGAAACCCUGCUGGGGGACCCCACUCGGAGAAUACGCUAUUUCGAUCCUUUGAGGAACGAAUACUUUUUUGACCGCAACCGCCCCUCAUUCGACGCAAUCCUGUACUACUACCAAAGCGGCGGCCGCCUGCGGCGCCCCGUCAACGUUCCCCUAGAUGUCUUCUCCGAGGAGAUUAAGUUCUACGAACUCGGAGAACAAGCCACAAACAAAUUCCGCGAGGAUGAGGGCUUCAUCAAGGAGGAGGAGAAACCCCUUCCCUCCAACGAGCGCCAGCGCAAAAUUUGGCUGCUCUUCGAAUACCCCGAGAGCUCUCAGGCCGCACGUGUUGUGGCUAUCAUCUCCGUGUUUGUCAUUCUUCUUUCCAUCGUGAUUUUCUGCCUGGAGACCCUCCCAGAGUUCAAACACUACAAGGUCUUCAACACCACCACCAACGGCACUAAGAUCGAAGAAGAUGAAGUCCCUGACAUCACUGACCCAUUCUUCUUGAUAGAGACCCUCUGUAUCAUAUGGUUUACGUUCGAGUUGAUAGUACGGUUUCUGGCGUGUCCCAACAAAUUUAACUUCUUUAGAGAUGUCAUGAACAUUAUAGACAUCAUCGCCAUUAUUCCGUACUUCAUCACCUUAGCGACAGUCGUAGCAGAGGAAGAAGAUACUCUAAACCUACCGCGCGCCCCCGUGUCUCCGCAAGACAAGUCGACUAACCAAGCGAUGAGUCUGGCCAUACUGCGGGUGAUACGUCUGGUGCGAGUGUUCCGUAUCUUCAAACUCUCUCGACACUCCAAAGGAUUACAGAUUCUGGGUCGUACGUUAAAAGCAUCGAUGAGGGAACUUGGCUUAUUGAUAUUCUUCUUGUUCAUCGGUGUGGUGCUGUUUUCAUCCGCGGUGUACUUCGCUGAGGCGGGAAGUGAGAACAGCUUCUUCAAAUCCAUACCUGAUGCGUUUUGGUGGGCGGUCGUGACAAUGACAACUGUGGGAUACGGCGACAUGACGCCUGUUGGAGUCUGGGGAAAAAUCGUUGGAUCCCUGUGCGCCAUCGCCGGUGUGCUCACCAUCGCAUUGCCUGUUCCUGUCAUCGUGUCCAACUUCAAUUACUUCUACCAUCGUGAGACCGACCAGGAGGAAAUGCAAUCGCAGAACUUCAACCACGUCACCAGCUGCCCGUACCUGCCUGGCACUAUGGGCGAGCCUUACCUCAUUUCAGGUCCAAUUCACAAAAAGUCUUCGAUAAGCGGUGAAUCAUCAUCGGACGUGAUGGACAUGGAAGAAGGUGCCAUGGUGGCUGAUUCUCACUUGGAGCAGAACCUCAGGCGCCUCAAGGAUGAGGAGAAGGUCCUGCUGGAGCAGCAGGCGACGUUUGAAACCGGUGGCAAUGACGACAUCGGCGCCCUGGAGCACCAAGAUGCCAUCCGGCUGAAUCACCUGAAGCAGGCUAAGCUGGAGAAGCAGCAGGCGAGGAAGCAGCGCGCGCAGCAAUCGCAGGGACAGUCGCAGUCCCAGGCGCAGGCGCACAGCCACGGCCACUCAGGCCACGGGCCGCGCCGCGAGCACACCGCGCGCCGCCGCGCCUGCACCGUGCGCGUCAACAACCUCCACGGCGCUGAAGCUAUAGAGACUGACGUCUGACUAUCGGACGUGGCGGGCCGGCGCGACGACGCCGCAGCGGCGGUGUGGCGCGGCCGAAUGCCAGCGCGCUCCCCGCCGCCCUGCCACGUGUGAACAGCGUAUGAGUUCGCCGCUCCUAACCCAAACUGCUGUUUUCGUCGAAACAAACACCCUCAACAAAAUUAAACAAUAAUAAAUUGUGAACAAUAAAAUUCCCACAUCUUUCAGCAUUUACAAACCUGGUUAAAUUACUCAGGAAUACUAAAAUUAGGAAGAACUAAUUUUCAAAAAAAUAUCAUAAAAAUACAAUAAAAAAUAUUUUAAAUAUGCUUGACGAUUGAGUCCGAAGCGCCGCGGAUUUUGUAAAUAUACAAGACGCUUAAAGAGGCUUAUACGUUCACUUCUUACAUUAUCAACACUGUGGAAUAGAUUAAAAUAUUAGGUUCUUUGUGACAAAUAAAAUAAUCAGCAUAGGCCUAUAGUUGCGUUCGCAGAAGAUAUUCUCAAGUGUUGCGUUACGCUUGACCAUAGUUUGUAAAUAGUUGUUUCGAGAGGAGAGCGCACGGCGCGGCAGCCGGCCUCCGGACUGGCUCCCCGGGCCCAGUACGGCCGGGCAUGCAGGGAGCAUGCUCGCCGUCACGGCGGACGCGCUCGGAGGGCGCGAGGCCGGCCCGCUGGGUGACCGGCCACGCCGCGCCGUCCACCGCUGCGGUGACCGCGCGAAGCUUUCAGACAAUCGAAACAGCUCAGUGAUCAUAAAAACUACAGCAAUGGGACUCACAAAUCAUCUUCAGAUCAAAUAUAUUAGAAUAAGUUACCGUAUAUGGAAAUUUAUGUUGUGUUAUUGUUGUGCGUACACAUAUUCCAGUAAAAGUCAUGUGUAAUUGUACAAGUACCCGGACGUAAAUGUAACCCUCUCCCCGGUCCUCGCGGCCAGUCCACGUCGUGCAACAGUCUCGGCUAUUAUAAUUAUUUAAUGUUAUAGGCGUAUUUUGUCUAUCGUGUCUAUUCUUAUGUUAUUGAUAAUUUAUUACCUUUAAUUAUUUGUAUAGGGGUGGUCGUGCGGGUGCACAGGUGCUGUGCGCCGAUAGUGCUUCGUCUCGUAUUGAAGGACAGUUAUAUUUCGGUCGUUUACAAAGUCAAGAUGAAUGUAUUAGCGUAGACAGUUUAAACAUAUCUAGAAAGAAGUGAAUUUAUUAAUAUACGUUCGUAAGUAAGGCAUGCGACAGACUCAAUUCGAUCGAUAAAGCAGUGCUCAGAACAACGGACCUCCUCUACGCGUUUAAUUUUACUUUAAACGGUGUUUUCACAACACCCUGGACUCAGUACGGCUCCUCUCGGCGACAACUCCUCGCUCUGCCACCCUCAGUACUUCUUAAUAUCUAUUGCAAUCGAAAUGAAUUUCUCAAACGUCAGCACUAAUCUGUCAACUUCAAAAAAGCUCAGCUUCAAGAGCAUUUACUGUAAAUAAUCUAAAACUAUUGUUUCCACCUGUACAAGUGAAGGAGCGCCGGAAAGUAUUUCAGAUUAUUUUUCAUAUUUCCCGUCUGUCUGUCCAUGGACUUGUUUACUCUUGAGUUGUAAAUGAGACAAUUGAUAUUGUUAAGUAUAGAUUACACCCGAAAUAAUUAUUUCAUCAUAUCAGUCACAUUUCAUAGCGUUUAAACAUCUAGUAAAAAUACAAAUUUUACGCCCUAUAUUAUAGUCUAGUGUAGUUUAGUAGAUAUUGAUAGUAGGUUAAGUGCUGCCCUUAUACUGGGUAUGUAAUGUCUCUGACCCAACUGUUGCCAGUGUGUUGCAAUAAGGCCAACGACAAGAUUUCGGCUUGAUCCAGGCUGCCUGCUGGGCACCGAGCGCUCGGUCGUCCACUCGGGUUAAGUCACGCACGUAAAGGACUUUUGCACAAAACUACUUAGCCAGUGAACGAGUGUGGACGCUCGUUCCGCAGCACGCGCAGCCGCACAUGCCGGAGCCUCGAGACCUCGAUAAGAGCAUGUUCCAAGCUGGUAAUCUUAAAUUGGCCUCAAACCUGACCAUUUCCUCUCAAUGAACAUUCGAUGUGAUGUAUAAUGAUAUAAUAGAUUACUCAAUAUCAGUGUUUCGGUGUUAAUUGAUGUUUAAUUAAUAAUUAAAUUUACUAUUUCUGUAAUAUAUAAAAAUAGAAAAUUGUAAUGCGUGGCUCUGACAGUCAUGAGGCUCGCCGGUGCAGGAUCGCAAACGCGAAGAUUGAGACACGAAGAGAAUUGUUAAGAAAUAUGAUAAAAUAUUUAUAUUUAGACAGUUGUUGGAUGUGCUAUACUGUAAUUCUCCUUUUGUAUAUAAUUUACCGCAGAGAACGAGCAAAUGAUAGACACAGAGAAGCGAAUUGUAGACCCUCAGUGACUAUCAGAGCUUUCGCUAAGAUGAUGACGCAGAGCGCAGGCUCGACCUCGGCCAUGACAUAUACGGACAUUCAAACCCGACUCGAACAAUCUAUGUUGUAGUAGGGCAAGCAUGUAUAACUGAAUACAUUAUAAUAUUUUGAGUGUCUUCGUUGUAGUGAAUAUAUCAGUAAUGUCUGUCAAUUAGAUACGAAUUGUUUGGCAAAUUAAUUUAUUAUGAUAGUCUUGAUUGUGCUGUGUAAGUGUUGUCUGGUACAGAAGCGAUCGAUUGGAAAUGUUGGCAAUAAUAAAACGAACGACGUUGCAGAGUAGCAGUUGCUGCACCCGUCACAGCAACAUGGCAUGUGACGGUGAAUGUAACGUUGUUUCAUUUGCAGAAUGUAACGAACAGUUUACCAGAAAGUAUCGCAUGUUCAAAGUUUUCAGUCAUAAAUAUAGUAGUAGUACAUAUAUAACAGAUUUACAAUAUGUGAAGACUAUCAUCACUUCAUUUGUCAAUGUAUUCGAUUUAUGUUAAAUGUUUAGAAUUAGUGGACAAUAUACAUAUACUACAUGUUGCGACAUAUACGUAAAACGCCGAGGCUGUUGCGACGAACAUAUUGAAUGUCAAUGUCAGUCAAUGUUAAUGUAUCAAGUUUAUAGUGUAGAAAGCACGUUAUGUUAUAUUUAAUAUAGUUUAUGUAAUCGGAUAGCACACGGGUCCUGUUUUUGAACUUAAUUGUGAAGGAAGCUGCAACGCGGCAAUGUCAAAUCAACUCCGCCACGAAUAUACUGAACACCCAGCUUUGUGCUUAAUCACUCGCUCUAUAACAAGGACCAACUCGAGUCAAUUUGUCAAAUCUCAACUUAUUUCUAGUCUGUGAAAAGAGUACACAUGCAUUAAGAACUAUAUUUAAUUACAGAUUAUGAC